CUCUGUCAUUGAAUCGAUAGGCUCGUGACGCGCACGGGUGAUAAACGUUUAACGGCCUCGAAUAAUCGACCUUAGUCACAGGCCAGGCUACUAAGUCAAUCUGAAGCAUGGGUAAGCGGAAGAAGUCCAGCAGGCAGCCAGCGCAACCCAAAAAGAAAGAACCGUUGCCUACAACAUUUGCUUGCCUUUUCUGCAACCACGAAAAUUCCAUCGUCGUGAAACUGGACAAGAAGCUUGGUUUAGGGAAUUUGUCUUGCAAAGUGUGUGGACAAAGAUUCCAAACGGGCAUAAAUUAUCUCUCUGCUGCUGUUGAUGUAUACUCGGAUUGGGUGGAUGCUUGUGACGCCGUUGCCAAGGAUACUGUUACCAAGUAUGAGGAGAGUGAUGCCCGUGUCAGACGCUCAAAUGACUUUGCUACGUCUCCCAGCACUCGAGAUAUUGGAUUCGAGGAUGCGGAACACGUCGACGCAUAUGCUGAUAAUUACUGACUCUAUGCUUAGAGUAUACCGCAACGUACAAAAUGAAGGCCCAAAGAAAUUCCCGCGUCAUGAUAUCUAGUGGAAAAUACUAUACUUUAAAUGCUGUGUGAAUGAAAUCCAUCACUAACAUUGCUGAGAUAGAAGCCUGUAAUUCAUUGGAUCCAAAUCACGGAGAGUAUUUUAUGAUUGGGAGCACCUGUUUGUUGGCUAAAGAGUAUAAUAUCGAUCGCCGAAAUCCCCAAGCCCUGGG